CGCACGUUACGUCCCGGUGCUCUCAGUCCGGAGGCGUGUUCGGCGGGCCAGUGCUCGUCCAUCACCUGUCAAAACGGCGGCGUCUGUUUAGUCCUCAACCACGAGCCCACCUGCUAUUGUCCCGCAGGCUUCUCAGGAUCCCUGUGCGAUGUGGACAUCAAUGAGUGCCUGUCGGAGCCGUGCUAUAACGGCGGCACCUGCGUCGACAACCCCCAGGGCUACCAAUGCAAGUGCCCCACCGGCUACUCCGGGCUCAACUGCCAACUGGCGCGAAGCGACUGCCGGAACGACACCUGUCCCGAGAAAGCCAUGUGUAAGGACACGCCUGGCCUCGGCCACUACGAGUGCCUGUGCCGGUCGGGCUACGAGGGCCGGUCGUGUAACGUGACGAUCAACCCGUGCACUCAUCACGACCACAAUCCGUGCGAAAACGAUGGCCAAUGCGUGCCACUACUGCAGGGCCGGUACCGGUGCGAGUGCCCGGCCGGCUGGACGGGUAGGAAGUGCGAGAUCAACAUCGACGACUGCGCCGAAGAGCCCUGCCUACUGGGCGCCAACUGUACCGAUUUGGUCAACGACUUCAAGUGCGACUGUCCCCCGGGCUUCACUGGCAAACGAUGUCACCAGAAAAUCGACCUGUGCUCCGGUAACGGCCCCUGUAUUAAUGGGCUGUGCGUGGACAGACUGUACCAUCACGAGUGCAUCUGCAACCCCGGGUGGACGGGCGUCAAGUGUGAGGUGAAUGCUGACGACUGCGCGUCCGACCCGUGCGAAAACAACGGCGAGUGCGUGGAUAUAGUGGACGGGUUUAGGUGUGUGUGCGAUACGGGCUAUACGGGCAGUCGGUGCCAACACCCCAUCGACUCGUGCGAGUCCAAGCCCUGCCAGAACGGAGGCUCCUGUUUCGAUCUCAUCGAUGGUUUUAUGUGCCAAUGCCGCCCAGGUUUCGUAGGCUUGCAAUGCGAGGCCGAAGUGGACGACUGCGUGUCGAACCCGUGCUACGCGUUGGGCACCGAGAAGUGUACGGAUUUGGACAACAGCUUCCGGUGCGAGUGUAACGCCGGCUUCAGUGGCGAACUGUGCGAAGUGAACGAAAACGACUGCGCCUCCAGUCCCUGCCUGAACGGCGGCACCUGUGCCGACGCCAUCAACGGCUACAAGUGCUCGUGUCCGCCGGGCUGGUCGGGCCACCGGUGCGAGCGAGACAUCGGUCAGUGCGAGUCCAGCCCCUGUCAUAACGACGCCAAGUGUGUCGACCUCUUCCAGGACUACUUCUGCGUGUGUCCGUCCGGUACGGAUGGCAAACGGUGUCAGACAUCCCCCCAGCGCUGUAUAGGCAACCCGUGUCAACACGACGGCAUAUGCCGGGACUACGGGUCGGGACUGAACUGCACCUGUGCCUCGAAGUACUCGGGCGUCGGCUGUCAGUACGAGUACCGGGCCUGCGAUGAGAACGUGUGCCUCAACGGCGCCACCUGUCAUGAUCAAGGCGAUGGCUACCGGUGCCAAUGCGCGCCAGGAUUCACCGGCAAGAACUGCCAGCACGAUGUGGUCGACUGCUCGCCCCAGUCCUGCCCGCCCACCGCCACCUGCAUCGACCUGACCAACGGUUUCUACUGCCGGUGCCCUUUCAACCUGACCGGCGAGGACUGCCGUAAACCCAUUAACAUCGACUACGAUCUGUACAUCAAUGACGAGAGUCGGUCGUCGAGCGCCGCCCUACAGGUGCCCUUCGACUUGACCGAAGCGCCCGCGAUAACCGUCGGCCUAUGGGUGCAGUACAUCGAGGAGUCCAUCGGAACCUACUUUACCCUCUACUCUGUGGAGUCGCCGCACCUGCCUAUCGGCAAACGACCGCUGAUUAGGGCCAACCAUAACGGAGUCUUCAUCUCACUGUUCGCCGACAGACUUCAGGACGUGUUUAUGCCAUACCUGGAGAACGUGCCCAUCAAUGACGGCCAGUGGCACUACAUUAACGUGAUUUGGGACGGAAGGGACGGUACGCUGAUGUUGGUGACCGACACGGCAGUGGCCGGCACUGUCGCCGAGUACGGCGUCGGUAUGACACUCCCGCAGUACGGUUGGGUCAAUCUGGGCGCACCUCUGGACGAGAAAAACAAGGCAGAGGUGGGCGCCGGCUUUCACGGCCGGCUCAGUCGCGUGAACGUGUGGAACCGGGCGCUGGACAUGUCGGUGGAGAUACCGUCGCAAAUCCGCAGCUGCAAGAACUCGCCGGUGAUCUUCGCGGGACUACUGCUCCGGUUCACGGGCUACGACCGCAUCGAGGGAACGGUAGAGCGCGAGGGCCCCGGCAAGUGCGGCGAGAGGGUGUGUCCGACCGGCUAUUCCGGCGACGACUGCCGUAUCCUACAGCAGGACAAGACGGCGCCGUCGGUACUGCACUGCCCGCCCGACAUGUGGGUCAUCUCGGAGAACAGCUCGACGGUUGUCCAUUGGGACGAGCCCCAGUUCGCCGACGACCUGCGCUCCGUACAGGUGCUCGAGUUGGGCAAAGUCAAGUCGGGCGAGUCGCUCAAAAAGGGAACGUACGAUCUGUCGUACGUAGCCGUGGAUGAGUCGGGCAACAGCGCCCGGUGCGACUUCCAGGUUCACGUCGUGCGCGAGUUCUGUCGCAUACCGGCGCCGCCCGUUGGCGGUGAACGCGAGUGCUCCGAUUGGGGACCGGGAGGCCGGUUCAAGGUGUGCAAAAUCAAGUGUAACUCCGGGCUACAGUUCUCGCAACCCAUACCCCGGUUCUACGUGUGCGGCGCUGAGGGCUUCUGGAGGCCCAACGACGACACGGACCGGCCGCUGGUGUUCCCCUCGUGUGCGCCCAAACACUCGGCUCAACGCAUAUUCCGGUUGGUGCUGAACAUCCCGUCCGCAGUCGUGUGCAGCGACUCCGGCAAGAAGAUCCUGACCUCCCGGGUCACCGACAGCCUACUCCGCAUCGACCGCACGUGGAAGAUAUGCUCGGAUCAGUCGCGCGGCACCUGUAAGGGACUGGGAGUGAACGUCAAGUGCGCCAAACAGGCGUCGACGCGACAGAGGCGACAGUCCAACGGCGACUCCCGGACCGACGAUAUGGACGUGUAUUCCGUGGAAAUCGGUUUCCCCGCGAAUAUCGACCCCAUUAUGAAUGUGAAUACACAGGAAAAGGAUGCGCUCGAGUCGAUCAUACGCCGGGCGGUCGUCGAAAGUGCCAUAUUUGACGUGAGGGACACCCUUCCCAACGUCCAGCCAGACCUACGCUCUUUGAGGCUGAUCACUGAGUACGCCUGUCCUCCCGGGCAGGUAGUUAUGGGCGACAGUUGCGUGGAGUGCGGCGUCGGUACCUAUUAUGACGAGCCCACGCAGACGUGUGUCAAGUGCCCGGUAGGCACCUAUCAGAACGAGUUGGGACAGUUGUCUUGCAAGAAGUGUCAGCUCAUUGGCGAGAGACAGGGCGUCACCAUCACUAGUGGCUCCCGUUCCGCAGAUGAGUGUAGGGAGAGGUGUAGCGCCGGUACCUAUUUUGAUACCACUCACAACGGAUGCCGUCCCUGUGGUUACGGCCACUAUCAGCCCGCUGAAGGAUCGUUCACAUGUAUUUCCUGCGGCACCGGACUCACCACCAGGAGCCAGGAGGCAGUCGCCAGACACGAGUGCAGACCGGAAUGUAUGCCUGGUUUCCAACUGUCCUCUACCGGCAACUGCGAGGCCUGUCCUAUCGGUCACUACCGAACCCGUGGUCAGCCCUCAUGCGAACAGUGCCCGCAAGGGUUUACCACCGGCUCAAUGGGCGCCUCCACUCCCACGCAAUGCAAUCUCGAGAUCUGUUCCGUCGGCCACUACCUGAACACAACACUAGACGAGUGCAUCCCGUGUCCAAAGGGCACGUAUCAGGACGUCGAGCAACGGGACACCUCCUGUCAGUCGUGUCCCCCCAACUCGACCACCGACGCGUUGGGCGCCACCAGUCAGGACCAGUGCUCCAACCCGUGUGUCAUCAACGACAAGAUGGAGUUGUGUCCGCCCAACAGCCAGUGCGAGGCCCCCACUGGUGGUGAGGACUUCCGGUGCGUCUGUAAGGACGGCUUCAAGGAGAUCACGACCGGCCCGGCAGCCAAUGACCUCAAUUACCCCCACUGUGUCAACGUAUGCGACGACUACUGCAUCAACGGCGGCCGCUGCGAGUGGGCCCCCGGUAUGCGUAGACCCCGGUGCGAGUGUCUCAUCAACUUCUACGGGGACAGGUGUGAGCGCAAGUCGGAGCUCAUAUACAUCGCCGGCGGUAUCGGCGCCUCCGUCUUCUUCAUCAUAUUCAUUGUGCUACUCAUUUGGAUGAUAUGCGUGCGCACCAGUAGCCGGCCCGUCACCAAAAAGAUGUCCGUCCACACCAUACCGACCGAUUUUGCGCCCACUCCCGGACCGCAGCCUAAUUUCUAUUACGGCACGCCUGCCCCCUAUGCCGAGAGCAUAGCCCCCUCCCAUCACUCGACGUACGCUCACUAUUACGAUGACGAGGACGAUGGCUGGGAAAUGCCUAACUUCUACAACGAGACCUAUAUGAAGGAAAGCCUACAUAACGGCAAGAGUAACGGGUCCACCCUUCAGGGUAUUAGUAACCCGGCGUCCGUUUACGGCACCAAAGAGGACCUCUACGAUAGGCUUAGGAAACACCAGUAUUUAGGCAAAAAAGGAGACACGACGAGCGAUAGCGAAGAUCAGGGAAACUAAUCGCUUGAAUAUAAUGAACGAUAACUAUA